UGUACACAGGUGAGCCUGUCGAAUGACAUUGAUGUUCCUCUCAGCUACACGAUGUUGUAAUCUUGUGAUUAUCAUCAUGUUCAAGGUUGUGUCUGGUGCAACAGUUGUCAAGGUGGAAGAUGAGUCCCCGACAGUCAAAAAGCUGACCUUGAAGGUCCACGAUAGACGUUUGUUCUUUAAGGCUGGGCAAUGGGUAGACAUGGUGAUACCUGAUGUCGCAAAAGUGGGUGGCUUCUCAAUGUGCUCGUCACCACGGCAACUAGUUCAGGACGGCUUGCUGGACCUAGCGGUCAAGAGAAGUGACCACCCACCAGCUCUGUGGGUUCACACGCAGUGCAGGGUGGAUAUGGAAGUGAGCAUACGAUCGGGAGGAGAUACCUUCUACGAUCCCAAACCUGAUGACCCUUCAUCUGACCUUCUUCUGAUAGCAGGGGGAAUUGGAAUAAACCCACUCUACAGCAUUCUGUGUCAUGUGACAGAUCUGUUAGGGAGCAAGGGGGAUAAGCUGGAGACAAACGGUGGAAACUCAGCAGGGGCAGACAACUCUGUAUAUACACCAGGCAGAGUUUGCUUGUUGUACUCUGCAAGCACUGAAGAGGAACUCAUAUUUCAGAAACAGUUAUCUGAAGCAGCAGACCAGUUCCCUGGCAUUGAAUGUCAAUACUUUGUUACUAGGAAACAUACAGAAAGUACAUCACCUCAUGUCAAAAAUCACAGGAUUAACCCCGAGGACAUUCAAGACUCACUGAAGAAGCUGAGGAAGGGGAAGACCCUUGUUUAUAUCUGUGGCCCGUCUCCUAUGAUAGAAACCAUGGAAACCAUCCUACUAAAUUCUGGGAUUGAUCCAAGACAGAUCCUGUAUGAGAAAUGGUGGUAGUAGACUGACUUCAAAGACUUUGUCCAGUUUUCAAGAUUUUCUUCCACCGACAAAAUUAUUUGUUAUGUAUAAUCAAGAAAUAUGAUUAAAGUUGUAUUUUCAUAUUUGUA